AUGGCAGAGACAAAGCCAUCCCUAGGUCAAGGGAGUGAGAAUGACCACAUCCGUCAAGACGCCAUUGGAGGCACUUCAUUGGACCGGCGGUACUAUCGCAGCUUUCGAUUCCUUGGGUCUAUGGUCGCCUUUUCCUUGUCGCUCUGUGGAUCAUAUGUGGGAUAUCUGCUGCCUGUCGGAAUUCUGACCAUUAUCAACGCUGACAUUGGUCCCGAUGCAAACUACCCCAUGAUUGCGGUUGCUUGGACGAUCAGUAAUGCACUAGGCAACCUCCUGGUCGGUCGCCUCUCGGACAUCUUCGGUCGACGAUACUUUCUCCUUGUCGGGAAUGCCCUGGGCCUCCUCGGAUUCAUCGUUUCUGCCGUGGCCCGGAAUAUUUCCUCUUUGAUAGGGGCAAGUGUCCUGAUUGGGCUUUCAGCCUCAGUAUCUUUGACAUUCUAUUCAGCUGCAGGGGAACUGGUACCCAUCAAGGAUCGUGGGUACUGGUAUUUUGCAAUCUUUGUGCCUGUCAUUCCGUUUGGCAUGUUCAGCGCGUGGUUAGCGCACAACUUUGUUCUCAUUGCCACCUGGCGAUGGUGCUAUUACCUUGCGAUUAUUAUUCAGGGGUGUGCAGUCAUUUUGCUGGCUGUCGCAUAUUUUCCUCCUUCAGUGGAACAACUGCACAGCGAGAAAUCGCGUCGACAAUUGAUCAGCGAGAUCGACUGUCUCGGCAUAUUCCUAUACACUGCCGGAACGGUUCUAUUCCUCCUGGGUGUGAGCUGGGGCGGCUCCACGUAUCCUUGGAAAUCGAGCGAGGUCAUUGCAUGUCUUGUCGUAGGCGGUGUUACCUUGAUACUCUUCUUUACCUGGGAGGGAUUUGGACAUCCCACAAGUCCACUACUACCGGUGAAGUUCCUGGUUGGGGACAAACGAGGGUUCUUCUUCCCGGCUAUACUUGGCGGCGUCGACUCCAUGUUUUACUACGGCCUGACCCUCAUUUGGCCCACUCAAGUGAACACUGUCUACACCACUGGACUUCGCACAGAGGGAUGGCUUGCUAGCAUUCUGUCAGCCGCAUCCCAGACAGGCACCAUGGUCGCGACCCUUGUCUUCUACCGGAUGGGCCAUCAGCGGAUUGCCCUUGGCGUCGCAUUUACCAUCAUGGUUGGGCUUACUGGUGGCCUCACAGUGACAAAUCCCACCAACCGAGCGCUUGCCAUAGGUCUUGUCACACCAGCCGGAUUUUGCAUCGGCUUCAGCGAAACCAUCAUCCUCAUGCUCGGCCAGGCUUGUCGAGAUCCGCACAUGAUUGGGUUGGCGGUUGGGACGCUCGGCUUCCUGCGCCUGCUCUUUGGAGCGGUCGCCCAGGCUCUCUACACUACUAUCUUGUCAAACCGACUUGCUACAACCUUGCCGCGCAGAAUAACUGAGUUCGCGGUGAAUGCAGGACUCCCUACUUCGGCAUUGCCCGAUCUGUUCCAGGCGGUGGCUACUCAAGAUCCGGAUGCUCUAAACUCUGUGCCAAACAUCACGUCGAGUGUCAUCGAAGCGGUCACAAUGGGCCAGAAGUUUGCAUAUGCCGAUGCCUUCAGCAGUGUGUACUGGACGGCGUUUGCAUUUGGAGCUGUCGGUGUUGUGCUCACACCAUUUGUAAGGAAGGAUGUCAAUGACGAGAUGACUGCUUAUGUGCCCAAGAAAUUGCGUGGUGUGUUGGAUGAUGGUAAAGUUGCGGAUGGGAAAGACCUCGAGUUUGAGAAGGGCCAAUCUACCACCCAUGUCGAUCAUCCCCUUGCGAAGUCUGCGUAG